UACAAGCGCAAAACGAAUCGACAAUCAUGAAGUAAUGAGAACAUGCGAAUUGCCAUAAAUGAGGUUAGACAAAAGCGUAAAUUCCAUGGCGAAAGCAUAUAAUCUCCCAGAAGCAACUCUUAGAAGAUAUCUGAAGCGGGAUCCUGAGGAAGAAUUUCCUUGCAAUGCUGGUCGAUUCAAGAGCACGUUUUCGAAUAUGGAAUAAGAAGAACUACGAGAGUACAUUAUCAAUAUUGACAAACGGGCUUUUGGACUAACCAAGGAGCAGUUAAGCAGGAUAAUUUUGCGGAAAAUCGUAACAUUUCACACAGAUUUAACACAACCAAGAAGAAGACUGGACGACACUUUGUUGACCUGUUUAUGUGGAAAUACAACAUUUGUCUACAUAAGCCAGAAUCGACCUCGAUAGCUAGACUUGAGAUGAGAUUUAAUCACCAAAGUGUUUCCAAUUUUUUUAAUGCACUUAAGAAACUCAAAACAUAAUUUCCAACCCAAUCAAAUUUACAACGUAGAUGAAACCGGUGUAUCAACAGUUGCCAAAAAAAUCCCAGGAUAGUUACCCCAAAAUCGAAGAGUAAUUAAGAUAUCUUCUGCGGAACGAGGAACUAAUGUGACUGCAGUAUGCACGAUGAAUGCAAGUGGGUAAAUUAUUCCCCCUUUUUUGAUUUUCCCUAGAGUUAGAAUGCAACCAGCCUACAUGAACAACACACCUGCUGGAUUUACAGGUGUUGCACAUGAAACCGGAUGGAUGACAUCUGCAAAUUUUUUGAAAUACCUGGAACAUUUUAUCCAAUACGCUCGUCCUAGCGAAAACAACAGAGUUCUGCUCAUAAUGGAUAACCAUGCAAAUCAUGUAACCUUUGAAGCUGUAACAUUGUGCAGGGAAAGUGUGCUUUCUCUCUUGGGAUUUCCCGCACACACCAGUCACAGAAUGCAACCAUUAGAUGUAUCUGUGUAUGGCCCCUUAAAAACUGCAUAUAGUAGGGCUUGUGAUGACUUUUUGACAAACAAUCUUGGAAAAGCCAUUACACUGAAUGACAUUGCCUCAAUCUUUGGAAAGGCCUAUUUAAAAGUAGCAACCGUCGCGAAUGUUUUAAGUGGGUUUCGGGCAACUGGCAUAGAGCCGUUUGAUUCUGACAUUUUUACGGACAUUGACUUUGAAACUGCUCAAACGACAGAAAGGCAAAUUGACGCUGAACCAAAAUUAAUUGAGGAACUUGUGCCUUCCACAUCUGGUCCUCAGCGCAUGCCAGAGUCAGUAACUCCUAACAAAGAGCAGAUAGAGGCAGAUAAUAUUGAAAAACCAUUAGAAACUGAUAAAAAAUGCCAUCAGAGCCCGCCAAUCGAGUCGGGAUUACCUCCUUUGCCUAAAGCAAACACGCAGAACAGACGCUGUAUGAGAAAGCUACCAUCACUUAUAAUUUCUAGCACGCCCGUUAAAGAUGCUUUAGGACAAAAGCACAAUGAAAAACUUAAAAAAGAGAAGAAAAACCAAAUAAAAGCCCCGCCGAAGAAAAAAAUAAAAAAAUCAGCAGCAUAUCGGUUCAAGAAAAAAAUAGUAAAGCAAAUAAACAAAAUAAAAGCAGAAGUGUAAAGCGCCAAGUAUUUGAGGCAUCUGAUAGUUCUGUAGAUGUAGCUGUGAUGGAUAGUAAUGAUGACAUGGACGAAGAGGUUGAAGAAGAUGACAGACUGUGCAUUUUUUGUGAAGAUGAGGGCAAACAUAAUGAGCUUUGGUUUUGUUGUAAUAUAUGCACCAAGUGGGCACACGCAGAAUGCACUGGACUUAAUUUGAAAGAAGCAAAAGCCAAAGUGUGGGUGUGCGAUUUUUGUCGUGUUUAAAAUUAAGUUACAAUUUGAAAUUUUGUGUUCGCCCUUGGAUUUUCUAAAUAUUUUUGACUUUCCUUGCUUUAAGUUUUUGUUUAUUUUAUAAAAAUAAAUCGUUAAAAUG